UUACUUUUAUAUUUAUUUAUUUAUUUUUUCUGUGCUCUCUGCUAAUCCUUCUCUUUGUUCACACCAUAAUCGCGAGUAACAUUUCCAUUUUUUGUUACUUUAAGUUGGUUGUUAGUGCAUUUUUAUAGCGAUUGAAAGUUGCUUUUGUCUUCGCUUUGUUUAAUCUUGGUCUUGAUUUCUGUUUUUUCAAUGUGUGCGAGUGAAGCCUUGCUUCGUGGGUUUGGAUUUCUAGGGUUUUUAGUGGUUUACGUUUUAGUGAUUCUCUAUAGAUUGGUUGAGAGAUGGAUUUUGAAUGCUUGAUUUUGUCUGUGGGAGGAGGAUUUGAUGUUUGAUUCUUUGGCUUCAUAUCAGAUUUACAGAAUCUUUUCCAUUGUUUGACUAGAGGGAAAAUUGGAUCUCUAAUUAGUUUUUGGAGUUAAGUGAGGUUCCUAAUGCGGACUUGUGCCUGGCAACUUGGUCUUUAGUUCAAUUGAUGCACUAUCCCAGGAUGAUAUUUAUUUUGCUAGGGUUACGAGUCUUGCUAAUAACUGAACGUUAUAUGUAUGAAUUCUUUUGAUAAAUACUAGGAUUUUUAUUCAUUCCAUCUAUAUUUGGUGUCAUAUUGGUUUUGUUUGUCUUUGAUCUGUCAAGGCCCCAGUGAUUUGGUGUUUUUGCUUAGUAAGGAGGUGGUGGUGCUUGUUGUCAAUUCGGGUCAUAGAUUAGUUAAAUGGGAUGACUGUAUCGUAAUGUGCUUAGUACAACUAUGCCAAUUUUUAGAUUGUUCAUGGUCUAUUCUCAACUUUUUCUUUCUCAUGUUUUGAAAUAGUAGUACUUGCAACCAAGUCAGGUGGGGAUAAGAAUGCCAAUCAUAAUUGGAAUGCUAUUUUAACAAAACACUGAUUUUGAUCUGUAAAAUCCUGAGAUUCUUUGUUUUUCUGUUUCAUUUUUUCCCCUAGUAUGUUCAUUUGACAUAUCAAAUUUAAUUAUAGACGUUGUUCUGUGCCAAGUGUAAUAUACAUAGAUGACUUUCCAGUCCUAGAUUUUGGAUCAUUUAGACACUGGCUUAUGCACAACACAUGCUUAUGCAUUUCUAAAAACAAAUUCUGGUCAUGCUUUUUCUCCCCUCUUUUUAAAUCUUUUGGAUACGGAAUUUUUUUUAUUUUAAAAGUGUGCUAUUUAAGAUUUUUUACUCUUACAAAGUGUUGGAAAUGCCUUUUCUUGAUGUGGGAUGAAGAAUGUGUUUCUUAUGCAGGGAAGUUUACAAGGGAAGGGUUUUUACUUCAUUCUGAAUGUCCAUGGUAAUGUAUUGGCAUAAUAGAGGAAUUACUUGAUCCUUUUUUUCCUGUGAUAUUCCAUAGAAGAAUAUAUGAAUAAUUUUUUCUCCAUUCUUUAAUAAGAUGCAGGAUUUAUAGCCCAAGUAACUUUCCUAUGUUCAAUUGACCGAUCACUGCACUUGAACAAGAGGUUCUAAACUUUCAACUGCAUUUAUUGCCACCUGUGGGCUGCAAUGGAUGAUGGUGGGCAUCGUGAAAAUGGAAGGCAUAAAGCAGAUCAACAUAAAACAGCGCAUGGUCAGUGGUUGAUGCAAGCUCAGCCUUCAAUGAAACAGAUUAUGGCCAUCAUGGCCGAAAGAGAUGCUGCUAUUCAUGAGAGGAAUAUGGCUAUUUCAGAAAAGAAGGCAGCAAUUGCGGAGCGUGAUAUGGCAUUCCUUCAGCGAGAUUCAGCUAUUGCUGAGAGAAAUAAUGCAAUAAUGGAACGAGAUAAUGCUAUUGCCACUCUUCAAUAUCGAGAGACCUCCCUGGCAAGUGGUAAUAUGUCCUCUUGUCCGCCAGGAUGUCAAAUCUCACGUGGGGUGAAGCACAUGCACCACCCACAGCAGCAUCCUCAUCAUGUGCCCCACUCAAGUGAAGCUUCAUAUGGUACUAGGGAAAUGCAGGCAAGUGACGCUGUCCUAAUAUCACCUGUUGGUUCUGAGGCUGCAAAGUCACGGCGGGGUAAACGAUCAAAAGAUGCCAAGGUGAUGCCACCUAACAAAAAGACUUCAAAAUCUCCAAGGAAGGUUAAGAGGGAGAAUGAGGACUUGAACAAAAUCAUGUAUGGCAAAUCACAUGAGUGGAAGAAUGGACAGGAUAUGGCUACGGAAGGCGAUGAUCUGAAUAAACAGCUGGUUGCCUCUAAAUCUGAUUGGAAAGGUCAAGAUUUAGGGUUGAACCAGAUUGCGUAUGAUGAGUCAACCAUGCCAGCACCAGUAUGCUCUUGUACUGGAGUGUUUAGGCAGUGCUAUAAAUGGGGAAGUGGUGGAUGGCAGUCUUCAUGUUGCACAACCACUCUAUCCGUGUAUCCAUUACCUGCUGUGCCAAAUAAGCGGCAUGCCCGUGUAGGUGGAAGAAAGAUGAGUGGAAGCGCCUUCAGCAAACUACUUAGUAGGCUUGCUGCUGAAGGCUACGACCUCUCAAAUCCAGUUGAUCUCAAGGAACACUGGGCCAAGCAUGGGACUAAUCGCUACAUCACAAUUAAGUAGAAGAAUUUUGAAUUGGGUAGAUAGAAAAUACGUAAGUGGCAUGUAGUCUUAAGGUAUGCUGUAAGUAUCCGCAAUUUUUCAUAUUUGCCGAGGGAGAAAAUAAUAAUUUGACAACAGGCACAAGCAAAGCUAUCAGGUAGCUGACACCAACCACAUUGCUUUGUAUUUCUAGCAAAUUGUUCUCAUUUGUCGUGGUUGAAUUGAGCUGUAUUGAAGUUGGGUGUAUUUGAGUAGUUUAUCCUCGUAACACUAGUUAAUUGUAAAGGGUCUUUUCUCAAGGUGAAUUAGAAGUGUUAAUUUACAAUAGAAUUGGCCAUCCAGGCAUCUGAAAUUUUUGUUCA